AACAGGUAUUCGUUGAAAGCUAAAAAUACAUUAGCAAGCCUGUCUUUCGACAGAGGCGAUCAGCGGACACAGAGGGGCGUGCAUGUGUUUGAUGUUUUAUUCGAAGUUUUAAAGCUUGGUGAUGAAGUUUGGCGCACUUUAAACAGCCGGGCCACGAUUUUCUUCACCAAAAAAUCCGGAAGACCGACCGUUGUGUGCUGUGUACGGUGUUGACUGAGGGCGGUGGGUGAUGGACGUGUUUUACUGAACCCGCCUGUUCAAAUAUCGGUGAAUUACUCUAGAAACUAUGAGGAGGUGAUAGGAAAAGAGCUCAUUCUUCUCCAUACAGCUUCGCCGCUGUUGAAAACUUUCGGCUGUACAUUGCAGGCGGCUCGGCUCUAUGACACAGCAUCCGCGCAUCCGGGUUUAAAGUUUACCAGCAAGUCAGCCGCAUCCUCCACUAAAUUUGGUCCUCGAUGGAGCUCAAAGUGACCUGAAGAGACACUGCAAAUAACCCGGACUUCCUCUCUGUCGGUGGCCAGAAAGUCUGCGAUGUUGAAAUUCUUACAGGUCAGUAUGGGUUCAGUAAGUCUUGCCUGUCUGUACAUCGCAUGCCUUUGUCUCUUGGGGAGAAGCGCAGCGGACCAGCCAAGAUUUACAAACCACCUACAGUCAGCCGACGGAUUGUCUGAGCUGUGUGGGAUCGAUGAAGUGUUGUGUCAGGAUGAAAACGCUGUGCUGAGUUUCGAGGCCAUUCGUAGCAUCCACAAAGACAUGGACGACGAUGCAGAUGGAAGUGUGGAUGUGAUGGAGACAGAUGGGUUUCUCAGAGAGGAUCUGAAGUACCAUGACCCCAAGGCAAAACACAAGAGUUUCCAUGGAGCUGACCUGCUGAUCACAGUGGAGGAAAUGUGGAACACCUGGAGGGCCUCAGAAGUGUAUAACUGGAGCAUGGAGCAGGUGGAGGAGUGGCUUAUUAACUAUGUGGAGCUGCCACCAUAUGUCGACUCCUUCAGGAAGAAUGAAAUCAGUGGCAAAGCCUUGCCAAGGCUGGCCGUGAAGAAUGCCACCCUGACGCUGUCUGUGCUGAAGAUCCAGGAACGCAGUCAUGCUCAGAAACUGCAGCUCAAAGCUCUGGACACAGUGCUGUUUGGCCCUCCCCAAAUGAGCAGGCACAGUCACUUGAAAGACUUUGUGCUGGUGCUGUCCAUUGUAAUUGGUGUGGCCGGGUGCUGGUUUGCCUACAUCCAGAACCGCAACUCAAAAGACCACAUGGGCAAGAUGAUGAAGGACCUUGAGGGCCUGCAGAGAGCGGAGCAUAGCCUGCUUGAACUGCAGCAGAAGCUGCAGAUAGCCCAGGAUGAGCACCGCUCAGUAGAAGUGGAGAAGGUGAAUCUAGAGCAGAAGCUGAGAGAUGAGAUCGAUGCGGCUAAGCACGAGGCUCAGAGACUGCGAGAGCUGCGUGAGGGCACAGAGAACGAACUGAGCCGCCAGAAAUACGCUGAAGAGGAACUGGAGCAGGUACGCAUGGCUCUGAAGAAGGCAGAGAAAGAGCUGGAGUCGAGGAGGUCCUGGUCUCCUCCUGAGCCUUUACAAAAGUGGCUGCAGCUCACACACGAAGUAGAGGUGCAGUACUACAACAUAAAGAAGCAGAAUGCUGAGAGACAGCUCAUGGUGGCUAAAGAAGGGGCAGAGAAGAUCAAAAAGAAGAGAGGAACACUCUUUGGAACAUUCCACGUAGCUCACAGCUCCUCACUGGAUGAUGUUGAUCACAAAAUUUUGUCAGCUAAACAGGCUCUGGGUGAGGUGACAGCAGCUCUGAGAGAGAAACUCUAUCGCUGGCAGCAGAUUGAGUAUUUCACAGGUUUGGACAUCGUGAAUAAUCCAGGCAUGUCUGCUCUGGCCUCCGCACUCAACCUGGACCCUGCCUUCUUGGGCAUCCGCCCUCCUACCCCACAGAACCUGCUGCUGUCUGAUGAUUUGGAUGACAUGGACGAGGACAUACUGUCUCCAGGAACCCUGCGCUAUGCCGCCUGGCAGAUGGACCGGCGGGUGAGCGACCUUUGGCCUGUGGCCUCUGAGAGCCAAUCCCUGUGGAAGCAUUCUGCUACAAGUCAGUUGUCCCUGCGGCCACGGCUUGGAGACCCCACACUGACCCUCAGUUCUCAGAGGGAUCUAAACCGGUCUGACUCCGACUCCUCACUGUCUCAGUCUCAGUAUGGUGAGGGUCAGCGUUCAUCCACACCGCUGGGCAGUAGGCCCAUGUUCUCUAAGCCUAAUGGAGCUGGAGGCAGCUUAGGGGACAGCCCACUGCUCCAGAAGAAACUUUUUACCAUUGAGAAAUGUGCCAGUCUGGGAGAGAUUCACAUCCAGUCAAGCGGCCUGACCUCAGCCGAGUCCACUCGCUCUCUCAGCCCUACCAACAAUGAUGUAGAUAGGCCAAAGAGCAGUGGCCGCUCUCCACAGCUAACAGGCAAGAGGAGCCCAGGGGACGAGGACAGUGGCUCAACAGGAGAGGAUACAGAGGCCUCCAGCUCUAGCCGCAAGAAGCACACCUUCCCCAGGAUCUUCAACAAGCAGAAACAGAAGAAAUAGCAGUGACAGGCCUAACUCAGACCUAAGAAGAGCUUUGAAAAGUUUCACCAAAGUACAAGAGUAGAAACUAUAAUACCCAUUGUGUACAGUCACAUUUGGAAGGACUACAUCCUUUAAAAGACACCAGUACUGUCUGUAUAGGUCUAAGGGAGCAUCUACUGUAUGAUUUUCAAAAUAUAUGUUUUGUUUUUUGGUUUAUUGAAUGUUUGUUGGCUGAUGGAACAUAUUAGUGCUGUGAAGAAAUGUGUGAUUUUUCAAUGUAAAAUUAUUUAUUGUAAAAGUUAGGGACAUUUCUUUGUAUCCCCAUUUUUAGCCAUUUCAUGUUUUGGUUUAUAUUGUAAUACAAGCUUUGUGUGCUUUCCGUCUACAGGCCUGGACACACUGAAGAGAUGUGACAAAACUAUUAUCAUGAAUUAAAAUAGCAUAACAGCACCUAGUUAAUCUUAGGGUCCACCGUAUCCUGUAAAGACCAACUUCAGUAAUCUGUUUUCUUCCAAUUAUCUUGCUUACUGUCAUACCAGACCUGCAUGAGUACUAGACACAGAAAGAUGGAAAUGUUUUAUCUAUUUUUAUUAAAUGCAUGAACACAAAUGUCCCACAACGUCUUGUCCAGUAUGUACACACAUCCAGCUUUUUAUCAACAAGCUAAAUCAUUGUCUAUAUGUUGAAAUGACCAUUUUCAUAUCUGUAUACAGCCUUUUAUUGCCAUGUUUUACAUGUGAUGUUACAUUCUUGCCCAUAGCUUACAUUCAGACUCAGCACUGACAGGUCAGUGAAGAGUUUAUUUAUUUAUUUUGGCCUUUAGCAUAAUUUAGUUAGGGCUAUAACCAAAAUACUCGCAGAUACACCAGACCCAUCCCACCAUAUUUUGACUUACUAGUGGUAUCACUGGACUUUACAAAUGCUAUUUCAUAUAAAUGUGGAUUUACUGCAAUGCACGUGUCUAAAGAUUUUUGCUCUGGACUUUAAAUAAAUGUAUUUAAUUGAU